UAGUGGCAUCGUUUUAAAUACGAUUCUUUGGUAUAGCUAGAUAGUAAUUAUUAGUUAAUUUGAAAAAUUAAGUUUUGUUUGUUGAUUUUUUUUUGAAAGGAUGUAUUUUGUUGAUCUGGUUGGCUAGUACAGUAUAAUGCUUAAUGCUUCGGGGAAAAUCUCAUGUUAAGGCCUUGUUUGGAUGUAGUCGGAUUCACAUCAAUCCACAGGUUGGAUUGGAGUGAAAUUUGAACUAAAUUUCACCCCAAUCCACUCCAACACGCGUGGAUUGAGAUGAAUCUGACAACAUUCAAACAAGGCCUAAAGCGAAAAAAGUACACAAGUGAUAAUACUAUACUGUAUACGUAUGGUUGUCACUUGUUUAACAAGCUUACUACUCUCGGUACGCAAGAGGUGCAUCACUUCGUUCGGCUUGAAGUUUCACAUUCAAGCUUCAUAGUCAUGGAUUAACGUGAGAUGAGGUAGAGGCGUAGAGCUAAUGUGCGCACGCACAACCACCAGCUCAUGGAUGAAGCAGCUGACGAACGCUUCCCGGCAAGGCCGCCACGGCCGCGUUCUCCACCUCUUCUUCGCCCACCUCCGACGCGGCGAUCGCGGCUUGGUGGACCUGCACCCCGCGGCCGUCCCCACGGCGCUCCGCGCCUGCGCGCGCCUCGGAAACGCUUCCUCCGGCCGCCUAAUCCACGCGCUCGUCAUCACCCGGUUCCCGUUCCUCGCCGCCGACGCCGUCGCCGCCACCGCGCUUCUCGACAUGUACGCCAAAUGCGGCCUGGUCGCGAGUGCCCAGAGGGUGUUCGACGAAAUGCCGCGAAAGGAUGACCUCGUCGCCUGGAACGCGCUGGUCGCAUGCUACGCGCGCCACGCCCUCCCGGACCGGGCCCUGGCGCUAGCCAUCAAGAUGCGGGGCCAAUGCCUGCGACCCGACCUGAUGACAUGGAACGCCGUCAUCUCUGGUUUCGCGCUAGCUGGCGACGACCAGAUGGCCGGGGAAUUGGUCGGCGCCAUGGAGGAGGACGGGUUCCAGCCGGACGUGGUCACUUGGACAUCGCUUGUAUCCGGCUCGGUGCUGAACUUCCAGUAUGCCAGGGCGCGCGUGCUGUUCCGGAGAAUGGUGACCGCUGGCAACCCCGUCCUGCCGUGCUCGGCCACGAUUGUCAGCAUCCUGCCUGCCUUCGCCAAUGUCGCUGACGUGAAGCGUGGCAAGGAAGUCCACACCUACGCCGUGGUGACCGGCGUCGAACAGGAGCUUACUGUGGGCAGCGCUCUACUAGAUAUGUACACGAAGAGCGGGUUCCUGCUGGAAGCACGCCGGCUGUUCGACAGGAUGGCGGAAAGAAGCACGGUGACUUGGAAUUCCAUGAUCUUCGGGCUGGCGAAUUCAGGCCACUGCCAAGAAGCCAUCGGUCUCUUCAACCGGAUGCUGUGCGACGGAGCAAGGCCGGAUCACCUGACGUUCACAGCCGUUCUGACGGCUUGCAGCUACGCCGGCAUGGUGGAGCUCGGGAAGAGCCUGUACCGCGACAUGCAGGAAGAGCACGGCAUCGAGCCGAGGCUGGAGCACUGCGCAUGCAUGGUGCAUUUGCUUGGCCGAGCCGGCUGGCUCGCCGAGGCUUAUGAUUUCAUCAAAGCCAUGCCCCUGGAGCCUGACUGCUUCGUCUGGGGGGCGUUGCUGGGGGCAUGCCGGAGCCAUGGCGACAUCAAGCUUGCCGAGCUGGCUGCGUCCCACCUGCUAACCGUCGAGCCGGCCAAUGCAGCUAGUUGCCUGCUACUCUCGGACUCGCUGGCAGGUGCAGGCAGACAAGAUGAUGUUACGAAGAUGAAGAGGCUGGCAAAGAGACGGCGCAUGAAGAAGCUGGAUGGCUGCAGCUGGCUGAGUGAGUCUACAUAAUCGAGAGCUCUGAGAUCAUCAGAAGUACAUGAUUGAUUGAUUGAUCACAGAUUCAUGGUUGCCUAGAUUUGUAGAAGCAAACAUCCCAGAGUUCAGGUUACCUCGUCUAAUUAGCCGCUUUCCUACAAAUGCAUGUAUUGGUCUGUUUGAUGCUACCAUGGAAAUAGAAAUGCUGUGCUACUGAGAUUUGGUAGAUGAAA